GGGGAGGGCAGGGUGGAGGUACUGAGAGAGGGGAAGUGGGGGACCGUGUCGGAUCACUUGUGGGACCUGAAGGCAGCCAGCGUGGUGUGCAGGGAGCUGGGGUUCGGAUCGGCCAAGGAGGCCCUCAACAAGGCCCAGCUGGGACAGGGUACUGGACCUAUUCAUAUGAACUCAGUCCAGUGUACAGGCAUAGAGAAGUCUCUGCUGCAGUGUUCUUUCAGGGAGGUUCCUCUCUAUAGUGUAAAACACACUAAUGACGUGGCUGUGCGCUGCAACGUCCCCAACACUGGGCUGGAGACCACGGUGCGGUUGGCGGGGGGCAGGGAGCCUGCAGAGGGGCGUGUGGAGGUGCUGAUGGAGGUGGGAGGGGUACAGCGCUGGGGGGCCGUCUGCAGUGAGAACUGGGGCAUCAACGAGGCCAUGGUGGUGUGCAGACAGCUGGGCUACGGCUUUGCAAACAGAGCACACCAGGAGACGUGGUACUGGCCCGGAGCUCCGGAGGCAGCAGAGGUGGUUCUGACUGGAACCCACUGCAUCGGUACAGAGAUGUCCAUACAGCAGUGUCGUAGGAACACACAGGUCUACUGCCCCAGGGGAGGAGAGGGCAAGGCAGCUGGGGUCACCUGUGUUGAGACGGCCCCUGACCUGGUAUUAGAUGCCCAGUUGGUCCAGGAGACAGCCUACCUGGAGGACCGCCCCUUGCACCUCCUGACCUGUGCCAAUGAGGAGAACUGUCUAUCGUCCUCUGCUGCCCGGAUGAGCUGGCCUUACGGACACAGACGCCUGCUACGAUUCUCCUCACGCAUCAUGAACAUGGGCCGGGCCGACUUCAGACCUAGAGCGACCAGGGAGUCCUGGACCUGGCACCAGUGUCACAGGCACUACCACAGCAUUGAGGUGUUCACCCAUUAUGACCUUCUGACCCUGAAUGGAACUAAGAUCGCUGAGGGUCACAAAGCCAGCUUCUGUCUGGAGGACACCUACUGCCCUGAGGGUAUCCAGAAGCGCUACGCGUGCUACAACAUGGGAGAGCAGGGUAUCCAGGUAGGUUGCUGGGAUACGUAUCGCCAUGACAUCGACUGUCAGUGGAUCGACAUCACCGACAUCAGCCCCGGGGAGUACAUCUUCCAGGUGGAAGUGAACCCCUCGUUGGACAUGGCUGAGUCAGACUUCCAGAACAACGUGAUGCGUUGCCGCUGCAAGUACGAUGGAGGCCGCGUCUUCAUGUUCGGCUGCCACGCAGGUGAUGCAUACAGUCCAGAGGUGGAGGAUCUGUUUGAGCACCAGCGUCAGAUCACCAACAACUUCCUCUAACCAACGGAACAACAG